CAUUCUAACUGCGCAUGCGCGGCUCCCGGAGCGCACAUCGUGGUGAGGGACACUGCGGAUCACCGAUCCACGGAAAGAGCCGAAGAUGUCGGCUCGGUCAUGUGAUCAGCUGUGUCCAAUCACAGCUGAUCACAUGGGACAUGUACACAGAUCAUCAGAGCACUGAUGAUCAGUGUGCCCUGAUGAUCUGUGUAGCCCCAGCAGCACCACCUAUCAGUGUCCAUCAGUGCCAGCUCUCAGUGCUCAUCCAUGCCACCUGCCAGUGCCCAUCAGUGCCACAUUUCAGUGCCCAUCAGUGCCACAUCACUGCCACAUAUCAGUGCCCAUCUGAGCUGCCUUUCAGUGUCACCCAUCAG